AUGAGCGAACAAACGGUCUCAGAUGCCAGAGAUAGAAGAGGCAGCAACAUUGGUAGACCGUUCGAUGUCUCUCUACUUUCCUGUACCCAGUGUCGGACGAGGAAAUUGAAGUGUGACCGCUCAAGACCAUGCUGUGGUCGCUGCAUCAAACUGGGCGACGUGUGCGCCUAUCCCCAAUCGAGACUUCAACCGGUCCGCAGAGGGAACAAAGUCGCAGAAUCUGGGACGAAGACGGGUUAUCCUAAAACUCUGGAGCCAUUGCUCUGUGGGACGGUUACUGGAAAGAAUACAUCGAAGUCUGAGUCUCACAUCCACUCCUCUGCAACGGACCUAAGGAGCAGCAGCCUCUUGGAGCACCCUCUCUGUUCUGUAUUGAUAAAACACCUGAUAUCGAUUUACUUCGAUAAACUCCAUCAUGCCUCGCCAAUGUUACAUCGACAACGCUUCAUAGCAUCAUUAGACUUACCAACUCACAUGCAGCCCCCAUUGUUUCUUCAAUACACCAUCAUGGCUUUAGCUGCAGCUAGUUCAGACACUUAUCGCCACCUAUCACUACCAUUUUAUCAACGCGCUAAGGCGUAUGCUAACGGUGAUGAUAUUGAGAAUCGCUGUGUUACCUUGGCUCAUGCCCAAUAUGGGAAUUUAAUGGCCAAAUUCGAAGCCGAACACCUCAUGUUCGCAAGAGCAUCAAUGAGUCUAUGCCACAGUGUCCGAAUCGCUCAGAUAUUGAAUCUCGACAAGGUGGAUGCGGGUGAAAAGGUGAACUCAGAUCUUGGGGCACCAAACGAUUGGGUCGAACUUGAGGAACGCCGCCGAACAUGGUGGGCAAUCUUUUGUUGUGACCAUUUCGUCUCCGCAACUACCAAAUGGCCAGCUUUGAUUCAUGUGCAAGAUAUUCAAACCCUGCUGCCUUCUUCUGAUGAAGCCUACGAAAACUGCUGCGAGGAAAAGGCCUCCCUGUUAGUUGAUGCACUGCAUCACGGCGAAGGAUACUCUUCAUUUGCGGGGAGAGUAAUUGCAGCGCACCUUUUCUAUCACACUCUUGAACACACGUUUCAGGUCAAUUCACACUACGACUUGGACUUUGGCUCCGACCCCUUUUGGGAGCGGCACAGGGACUUUGAUAAUGACCUAGCUAUUAUGCUGGUAUUGUUACCAAAGAAUCUUCGUCUCCCUGGAGGCUUCCGCUCCCAGAACGCAGUGUUCGUUAACGCCAUGCUCCAUGCAGCCAACAUCUGCCUCCACAAGGCAGCUCUCUGGAGGGCCUUGUCACAAACAGUGCCAGACUAUAUGGAGCGCCAAUAUCAGAACAGGUUGCUCCCGGCGGCGGAGGAAAUUCUCAGCAUCUUGAAGAUGACGCCGGAUAUAUAUGCGACCCUUCUGAGCCCGCUGAUAAACUUCUCUGCAUACAUGGCUGCUGUGGUAUUUCUAGAAGACGUUUUGGACGAGAAUAGUUCCCAAAGCGAAGAUAACCUGGAAUUUAUGUUGCAGGCGAUGGUCGCUGUUGGGAAAACCAAUGCAGUGACGAGAUCCUUAGCAAAACAGCUUGUUGGAGAAAUGGUGCAACAUGGCCUUGAGUUCUCAAUUAUGGAAAAGAAGCUAACAUCUUGGCAGGUUAAAGAUCUACCUUCAGAUGCAACCAUGGUUCCACUUUUGGCUAAACCAGAUCCCAGGUCUCCUAGUAUAACCUUCUGUGUACAAUCAUAA